UGGCCUGGGGAAAGUUCUUUCCUCAAAGAGUUCAUGGACUCUGGUUUAUAAACCUUUACUAGAUUAUGAUUCCAGGAAAGCAACCUAUUCCACAUGGAGGGGUCAAAGAGCCUUCAGAGGACUUUGGUGCCAAGAAAAAGAAUGUGGCCUUAACCUUUAGACCACGUUGCUGGUGCCAGUGGACCUGGGGUUUUGUUUUUGUUUUUCCCUUGUGGUUUUCUUUUGAGCAUUUUUUGUUUGAUAUUUUUUAAAACUUUUCCACUUAGCUUAAUUUUUUUCAAAUUAUAAAUUUAAUAUCCAGUAUGAGACGUUCACACAAUAUAGGUAAGAAUAAAGAUAAAAAUUUAAAUCACCUGUUAACCUACCAUCUAAAAAUAUCCACUGCUAAUGAACUGAUGUUUGUUCCCAGACUUAGUCUAUUCAUAUACAGAUGUAAAUAUGGAUGUAUAUGUUUACAAAGAUGUAAUCAUUCUGCCUGUAUUUCUUUGCAACACCUCUUCUAUUUAAUGAUCUGUCACGGACAAUAUUUCUAUAAUAGAAGAUCUACAUAGUGUUUUCAUACUUUCAUAGUAUUUCAUUAUAUGAAUAUUCCAUAUUUUUAUCCAAUCCUGUAUUGAGGACAUUUCCAGUUUUUCCCUAUUAUAACUCAUCUUGCACACUAUGAAACUGCCCUCUGGAGUCCAGGUUAUACUCCAUCACUAAAUAAGAGAGGGUGUUCCUCUCCCUAUACCCUUCCCCAAGCUGAUUAUUAUCAUUGAAAAAAUUUGCCUCCUUGUUUUAAUUUGUAUUUUUGAAAGGCAGUCUGUUGAACAGUUUUUCUCAUGCUUACUUUUGUGUUUCUUGUUCUGUGAAUUUCCUGUUCAUAGUCUGUAGUAGUCACUGGGACAGACACUGCCUGAUGUAGCAGAGAAGGAGUUUAUUUAAAGAAUAUUGCCAGGCUAAAUGUUAUCAACUGCUAGGUGAAGGAUACACAGAAGUUAAUUUUAUCAUUCUUUCAACUUUUUCUAGGAUUGCAAAUUUUCAAAAGAAAACGUUAGGAGGAAGAGGGUAACUGAGGAGGCAGAGGCCCACGAGGGUUCAGAAAGUGACUGCAGCCCGUCCUGGAUCUCUCCCGUUCUCUGACCAUCCUCCCAGCACUGAGGACAACUGACAGCACCAUGUAGAGAUUCUCAGCCAACUUAGAAGAGUCCACCACUUCCAGCUCGACAGGAUGGGUGACAAGAGCCAGCCUGCUCCUGAGCCAGCCUCAGCCCUUCCGUACAGUGACUUUCACCUCAAUGGAGAUCAACUACCACGUUUCAGAUAAAGCAGGAAAGGAUAUUGAUUUUCAUCUUGCCUCUCCAGGAAGGAAAACCUCAGUUUUUGAACAGAGAAAAUCAGAUGGAGUACACAUGGUGGACCCUAAGGCUGAAAGGUCUUCUCCGCUCCCCUGGAAUCAAGGUCCCUGAUGUGCUGGGGAUGUCACCUGCCUCCUUGCACUUUCUGUGGCAGACCCUGGACUACCUGGCACCACUUCCUUUCCGGCCUGCCUUUCCCAGCGCCAGCUCCCAGGCCCGGCAUUUUGGACCUCGACUACCCUCGCCAGACCCAUCGCUCCUCUGUAGCCCGUUGACCUCGUGGCCCCUUAGGCUCAGUUUCUUUCUAAGUCUCCCCAGUCAUCUGACCCAGCUCCACCCUGAGCACCAGCGGAUCUUGAAGCAACAGCAGCAGCAUGGUCGACCACCAAGUCCCCCAGCCAAGAAGACUUGGUCUCAGCAGCCAGACCCCUAUGCUAACUUCAUGACCCGAAAAGAGAAGGACUGGGUGGUAAAAGUGCAGAUGGUUCAGCUGCAGAGUGAGAACCCUCGCCUGGAUGACUAUUACUACCAGCCACAUGGGAUUAUUUAUGAUUCUGCAAGCACACUCUGAGGUUUCUGUCUCCAUCCUUUGCCGAGAAUUUCUCCUAUUCAGUCAGCAAACGAAGACAUUCUCAUCUUUGUACACUUUGGUUUCUCUAAGAAAUGACUUGUUACAAAC